AUGACGGAAGAAGCACAAAUUUCUCAAUUGGCUGCAGAGGAAUCAGGAGAAGGAGGUCCUGGUGCACCGACGCCUCUGAGUGCCUUGGAGGGUGUCGCGGGAUUAACCAAGAGAGAUAUCCAACUUAUUGUUGAUGGUGGGUAUAACACGGUAGAAUCUGUGGCAUAUACGCCCCGGCGGAUCCUCGAACAAAUAAAGGGAAUUUCCGAGCAGAAGGCGACCAAGAUACUGACAGAAGCAUCGAAGCUAGUUCCGAUGGGAUUUACGACCGCUACAGAAAUGCAUCAGCGUCGUAGCGAACUCAUAUCCAUCACGACCGGCUCGAAGCAGCUUGAUACGUUACUAGCUGGAGGCAUCGAGACAGGAUCCGUAACAGAAAUAUUUGGAGAAUUUCGAACAGGAAAAAGCCAGAUAUGUCAUACACUUGCAGUGACCUGUCAGUUACCCUUUGAUAUGGGUGGGGGCGAAGGAAAAUGUCUUUAUAUCGAUACCGAGGGGACAUUUCGACCUGUACGACUGCUCGCCGUAGCAAACCGAUAUGGGCUAUCUGGAGAAGAAGUCUUAGAUAAUGUGGCAUAUGCCCGUGCUUACAAUUCGGAUCAUCAACUUCAACUUCUUAAUCAAGCAGCAGCCAUGAUGUGUGAAACGCGCUUCUCGCUUCUCGUUGUAGAUAGUGCCACAUCAUUGUAUAGGACAGAUUUCGUGGGUCGUGGUGAGCUAUCAUCUCGUCAGACACAUCUGGCAAAAUUCCUCAGAACCCUGCAACGUUUAGCGGAUGAGUUUGGCAUCGCAGUAGUAAUUACAAAUCAAGUGGUAGCUCAAGUUGAUGGUGGACCUAGUGCCAUGUUCAAUCCAGAUCCAAAAAAGCCGAUUGGCGGAAAUAUUAUUGCACAUGCUAGUACUACUAGGUUGAGUCUCAAAAAAGGGAGAGGAGAAACCAGGAUCUGCAAGAUAUACGAUAGUCCUUGCUUACCUGAGAGUGACUGCCUCUUUGCCAUUAAUGAGGAUGGAAUAGGUGACCCUAGCCCCAAGGAUCUAGAAAAAGAUUAA